AUGAAUACAAUUCGAUCUACUUGGCUUGGCUGGGGCUCCCUCUGUCUCGCUGGCGGUGGUGCCUACUACUUCGCCAAACAGUCCAUCAACGCCGAUCGACAAGCUCGCUUUGAGACCGAGCUGAAGCGCAAGGCGCAACUAAAGGCAAUGGAAAACGAGCACAAGCGGCAGGCCGCCAUGACCGCACCCGCAACAAAUCCGACCGACGACGCCAGCUUGAAACGAGCGAAUAUGACACGAUUCCAAAAUGCGGCGGACGAUGUUGCCUCGCCGAGUGCGGAAGCUUCGCACGACCCGGCCCCGACCCGGCAUGAACCUAUGACGGAGAACGAUCGAGUGCUGGAGAAGGGGAAAUAUGAGGCGGCUCAGCCGUACCGUCCUCCCAGUGGGAAUCGGUUCAGUUGA